GGGCACACACCAGACCACCUCCACUGUCAUUAAUCUCUCCACCCGGAACAAAUCCAAUAAAAGACCACCAAUGCAGCAGCGCAGCGUCACGUCGGGCCCCGCCCGUCAGCCGGGCAGUGGCUGGCCCCAGACGGAAGGGAUCUGAGGGCCGUCGACCUGUCAGCGUCUCCAUCGGAAGUGAAGUGGCCUUGCUGGAUGCUUGCUGGUUAUCAUUAGCCAUCGGAAAAAACAAGCCCUGCCCCGGAUCCUGCAUCUCCUCUUUUGGGGCUCGCUUAGUCUUUCCUCUUCUCUUCUUCUCCUCCUCCUCCUCCUCCUCCUCCUCCUCUUCUUCCUCCUCCUCUUCAUUUCUCUCACCAUCACAACAUGGCAUCAUGAUCACUGGCGCUACCGCCUCCCCCGGCAAUGGAGUCGUUGGGCCGUAUACCGGCCACAGCCUGGCUCUUCGCAUCGUCAUCGCUACCAUGGCCGCUCUGUCGUGGUACAAUGCUAUUGAGUUGGUCAUCCUCGUCUUUGUCACCUUUUCCCAGUACCGCGGACCCUACUUCUGGUCUCUGUUGAUUUCGUCUUUGGGAUUAAUCCCCUACUCCGUCGGCUUUUUGCUGAAAUACUUUGCCCUCACCUCGGCCACCGCGUUAUCCAUCACCCUCAUCACCAUUGGCUGGUAUGCCAUGGUGACCGGACAAUCGGUGGUGCUCUACUCGCGCCUGCACCUGGUCCUUCCCAACCCGCGUGUCCUCCGCCGCGUCCUGACCAUGAUCAUCGUCGACGCCGUGCUGCUGCACAUCCCCACCUCCGUCCUCACCUACGGGUCCAACCUGGCCCCCAACAACACCGUCUUCAUCUCCGGCUACAACAUCAUGGAAAAGAUUCAAAUGACCCUCUUCUGCCUGCAAGAAUUCAUCCUCUCCGUGCUCUACAUCUGGGAAACCAUCCGCAUGCUCCGUCUCGACCCCGACCGCGGCAAGCGCAAGAUCAUGUACCAGCUGGUGGCCAUCAACCUGAUCAUCAUCUCGCUGGAUCUAGCCCUCCUCGUCAUCGAAUACCGCGACCUCUACAUCAUGGAGACCAUGAUCAAGGGCGUCAUCUACAGCAUCAAGCUCAAGCUCGAAUUCGCCGUCCUGGGCAAACUGGUCCUCCUUGUCCGCGGUGGCACCCACCUCCCCAACGUCUGGAAGCCCGACACCCCCAUCUACUACCACCGACCUUCGCGUCGCGAAGACUUUCCAGAUUUCGUCGACGCCACACGCGUCACCUCCGACCUGACCCACGCGGUGGCCCCGCCGGCUGCGCGACGCCGUGAACAUCCCCGCAUGGAUUCAGAAGAUGUCUCGAUCGCCAUGUUCGAGCACUCGGUGGAGAGUCCCCGGGUCAGCAUGGUGCGCAGUGGCCGCGACCCGCCCACGGGCCACUCGGACAUUUCGCAGUCGUGGAGUGGCGAGACGCAGACGAAUAACUCGGCGGGGGAGCGGGAAUUGAGUCCGACGGAUUUUACGGAUUCGAUUCAGAAACAGAAGAGUAUGCCGAGUAGUUUAUGAUUGAUGAUUAUGAGGUCAUGCCGGUUGUAUAGUAUGGUGGUUGUUUGGUAGCGAAGAUACCCUUGUACCAUGGACGUACUGCAUCAUGUUUUAUGCUUUUUUUGACAUCAUUUAUUUACAAAUCCUCCUCGUACAUACAUAGUAGAAUAGUAGAA